CUCGCUGGGAACUGCCCAUGGCCCAGUGGCGCCCGGCUGCGGAGCCCGCAGGACGCGCUCCCAAGCGGUGGGAAUCGCCGCCCGGCUCCAUCGGCGUGACUCGGGCAGCGCGCCGCGCCCUGCGGCCCCGGGGGAGGGGAUCUGGGCGGAUAUAAGGGCCGGAGAGAUGGGGCCGGGGAGGACAAGCGCCGGCUCGCUCUGCAGAUCGGCUGCCCUGCGGCAGGCGCGCCUCGGCCCCGGCCCGCGUCCCCGUCCCUGCAGGCGAUGAGCUCGCCCGCCAGCCUCCGGAGCUGCUUAGCUCUGGGCUCGCUGCUGCUUCUGCUGGGACAGGGCCCGGGCGCCCGCCAGGCGCGAGCAGCCCCAAAUCAAGAGGUCUGCCUGCUGCCCCCGGAGGAAGGCCCCUGCCGGGCUCUCAUCCCCAGAUGGUACUACGACAGGUACACUCAGACAUGCCAGGAGUUCAGUUACGGGGGCUGCCAGGGCAAUGCCAACAACUUCAGAAGCUUGGAACGCUGUGAGAAAAGCUGCUGGAUGAUCCGGACCAUGCCUGGUGUGGGUACUCAUUACCCAGUCUAAAAGCAUCCUUGAACUUCUAGGGAAGGUUGCAUUCCAUCAACAUUUGCUGCUUCAUCAAUUGAAGGCCUAGACCCCAGGUUCUAUUUUUAAAAAGCAUUUCCUUCCAGCUCCAUAACUUAAUAAAAGUUGUAGCUUGCAUAUGUAUGCUUAUCACUUGAGCUGAAAUGAUACCUUCGCUGGUAGCUCUCAGGUGUCAGUAGAUGCCGUCACAAAUCUCCACACCAAGAAGCUUCUGGGAGCAGGUGAAGGUUUCCUUACUCAGUGGAUUUUGCCAACUGUUUUUUUUCUCUCUUCCGGAUUUAGCAUUUUGCCAGUGACAGCUGUAACAGUAGCAGCACUGGUAAUAGUAGGGUUGAUCCUGCAACCCUAGCUAGGAUAAAACUCCCACUGAAUCGAGGCUUCUUAGGGCUUUGUUGGCUAAACCAAUAAAAUCACUCCGCUGAGGAAAGGACUAAGAGGAAGGAUGUAUAUGCCUGGCUUCUUUUUGGAGCGCAUCAUAGUCUAUCCCUAAUGUUUUUAAGAAAUCCAUUAUGUAUGAAAACUCCAUCUAACUCACUAAAUGCUCAGUCUAGUGCUGUAUUUUAACAAUCAAUUAUCAUAUAUCUCUUAAGCAUAUCGGCAGAAGUUAAAUGAGUUCAGAAGUAUCUUUGCCAGUGGAAAGCAUGUCAGACAAGACGUAAUAAAGUUUAGCCUAACUGUGCA